AAAAGGGUGCCAAAUAAAAAGGUGUGUUCCAUAUCAACAUUGACUUUUGGGAUUAUGGAAUGCAUAAGUACAAAAUAAACAUCACUCUUUUUAUAUUGAUAAAAGAACAAUGUAAAUUACUAUUUUAGCAGUCUUUUAGUGCUUGAUGGUAUUGGCAGAGCUAUACACUUGGUGGUAUAUGAAAGAAAAGGGUUCUAAGUUGCAACUCAGAGUUUUAUCAAUAAUAAAUAACAAACAACAUUAAAAAAAUUGGGGUUUCUGCAUUUAGUUUGCCAUUAUGAGACUCAAAUUUUUCUUAAUACAUUGUAUCUCUUUCUCUGGUAGAAGACCUCCCAAAUUUUCAAAAUAGAUUACAGUUUUAAGCUUUAUACGGCAAAUAUUUUAUUGCUACUCUGACCUGAGUUUUAAGUCAACCUCCAAGGUCAUAAAAAUUUAUGUUUGAUAUCAUGAAAAUCCCGCCACACGGAAAAGAGGCCGCGAAAGUAUGGAUGUACAACUGCACAUGUUUGCCCUUGGCCCUACCUAGGUAUUUGUUGAUUGGAACCAGGGUAAUAUAGAGUGGAACACCAUGAAUACCUAUAAUGGAAAGUUUACAAAAUAUUCACAUGGCAUGGCUGCAGGGAUGGAAUUUGAUAAUUCAGAUGAUGAGUUCAUGUUUGCUGAUGAUAACAUUGAUUCAGCUUUUGAAGUCCCUGAUCAGAAAUUUGCUGAAAACAAGUCAGAAAGCCUGGAUAAUGAUGCCCAGACGGAAAAGGCCCCAUGGAACAGUAACAAGGCAGUUAAUGCUGAUUCUAGCAAAAAUGAUAAUCAAGACUCAACUAUGCACAAAAAUAGUUAUUCUCUAUUAGAAGACUCCCCUGAAUCAUUUAAGAUAUCAGAUGAUGACAUGAGAGCUGCAAUUUUAAAGGGAGACCUGCAAUAUGUAGCUAAUGCAUUAAAUUCAGGUUUUGAUGCAGAAAGGAAAGUUAAGUCUGGAUGGACUAGUCUAAUGUUUGCUGCUAAUAAUGCACAAGUGGAUAUUUUGAAUCUGCUCCUGCAGCAUGGUGCAAAUGCAAAUUUCAAGAAAGAUCUUUACACCCCCUUAAUGGCCCUAUGCAGCACCACCAGUAAUAAUCAACAAAGUAUAAUUGAUUGUGCGACAAGUUUGUUGGAAGCUGGUGCCAAUGUAAAUGCACAUGACAGACAUUUGAUGACGCCAUUGAUGUUCGCUGCACAAAGGACAAGUCCUGAUGUUCUUGAACUCCUCAUUCAAAAAGGGGCUGAAGUUAACGCACAGGAGAAUCGAGGAUGGACAGCUUUAGCGUUCGCUGCACAUUCCGGAAAUGCUAAUUCAGUGAAGCUGCUAUUGAAACUCAAUGCUAAUUCUUCACUAUCUGCAUUUGAUGGUCAAUGUCCGGCUGAUCUUGCAUAUUCAAGGGGAUUUGCCACUAUAGCUGCAUUGUUAGACGAUUCCAAUUCAAUUUCAAAGAGACCAGACAGUAUUUCUCAGAUCAGAUACAAAAAGUUGGAAGAUCUGGAAAUGUUUCUUUUUGGACUUGACUUGGGGCAUCUUGUGGAACUUUUUCAGGAUCAAAACGUGGCUUUUCAAGACUUUUUGAAACUAACCGACGAAGAACUAAAACAGCUGGGAGUAAAUCAAUUAGGAGAUCGUAGGAAAAUUCUUGAAACCCUUCGCGGUAUUCACACGAACGAAUGGGAUUUGUCCGGGCUGACAAUCGAUAAAAACUCCAAGAUAAAGACAAUUGAAGCUGCAGCAAUUAUUUCAAACAUCACAAAGCACAUUGGCUGCAUUCAGAGCAGUGUGGCCUAUUUGUGUAAAUACAUUAAAAGUGACAAAGAAUUAAUAAAAGAGGAUGAACGGAGUUUCCAGAAGACAUUAGUUUUGCAAUGCAAAGACGCUUUAGAGGAAUCUGCUCGACUUCAAAAGGAUUUAAUCGAGUUACAGACAUUUGUAAACAAGGAGUUCGCAUCAUCGCUACAAGAACAGUGCAAUUUCAUUGGUAAAAAGGGAAAUGGGAGUGUCUUCUCAAAGCAACGAACCUUUGUCAAGUCUAUUUUGUGCUUGUCAUUCUUUGGAGUUUUUGCUGUCUCGAGUUUCAAGCUUUUUAGAUCAAUAUCUAGGUGAAAGUAGGACAUGCAACGGCUCCAAUAGGGCAUACCAAUGUGGUGUUUACGAACAGUGCUUUGAAAGUCUGUUGCCUGCCCAUUAAAAAAACAUACAUAUGUUAUAGUGAAGUAUCUUAUGUAAAAAUGCCUUAAUGCUAGCGUAUAGUACGUGGAACACCCAAACAGUUUCAGUCAAUUCUCGAUCUGUUUCCAAUGCACGCCGAUAGAUAGAUAUAGUUAAUUUGCCCCAUUUUCCCCAAAACAAUGUUGGCAUUGCAUCAUAGCCAUCCUAGUAUCAAAAUUACAGGUGACGUUCAAAUGGUGUAUUUGUUCGGAGAAAAUGUAACAUUGUUUGAAAGAGAGCGGAGAGCUACUAAUAUGAAUGACAAACGGCUUAUGGUGCUCGAAGCCUUUUGAUUGUCUGAAUGCCAAUCUGAGCAGUGUGCGCCAUUUAUGCUUAAAGAAGAAAGGCACUAAACCCUAGCCUUGUGGCACAUCUUUUAUUUUUUCCUUCCAAGCGGUUGACGUCCGAUUGUUUUCUGGUUCCUUACUGAGUUUACGCAACCGCAAUCUGCUCGAAAAUAAAAUUGACGAGACAAGUUUUCAAUUCUAAAUUACCAUUUUAAACAUCGAAGGAGAAGCUGCUGGCGUGCAUUUUCCCAUGGAUAAAUGUGUCUAGGUAUCAUGGCAUUUUUCGUGAACCCGGUGAAGUAUUAGAAGAAAAUGCACUGUCAUUUCUGCAUAGGAAAUAGUGCCACUUUUCCUGCAAACCCGUGGACGAUCAUUUGAUUAUCUUCCUAGAUACAACUAAACAUUGUAGUUUGCCAUAACGUAUUUCUAAUAAAAAUAAAAUAAUUGGUUUUUAUACCAUUUAUGUAAUAAUUAGUUGAUAUUAUUGCUAUCAUGUUCCCGUUUUAACCAACUUUUUAAAGUUCAAAUCGCUACUCAAGAUCAAAGACAAAUCGCCA